AUGAUCGCUCUUCUCCUCAUCGCCUGUCUUCUCUCCGUGCUAACAGUCGAGGGUGAGUUGCAUACGUAAUUUUGUGGACGAUUCUGUAAUUUCACAUCGUUUAGCCUAAAAUCCACAGACUCAGUCGCUUAUUUAGUAGUACAUAGACUCCUAUGAGCUCUACAUGACGUCAUGUCCAACACCUGCAUGCGUAUAUGAGCGAAGAGACUAGUACCAGGAAGCGGUCGUGAAGAAGGAGACAGCGGUCGUGUCUCCUUCUUCAUACCUGUAUGCGUCUCCAUUCGAAACGCCCUCAUCUACCUCACAUGACUUGUCCUCUCCAACUUCCACUUACAAAUUAGCAAAUUCUAAGCUGCAUGAAGAGACGACUUUGAUCCUUAUCUGACUCUCAUAUCCCCUCUUCCUUCUGAUUUUUAGGCCGACUGGACCCCUGCCUCAUGCCGGUCAGGACUGGCAUGUGCAGAGCCAGGAUUCCAAUGUUUGCCUACAAUUACAGGUUGGGUGCCUGUGAGGAAUUCGUGUAUGGCGGUUGCGGUGGCAAUCCGAAUCGCUUCGAGACCAUGGAGGACUGUAUGGCGGCGUGUGGCGGCAGACGCCGUCCUCGAGUGUGGGAUCUGCCUGAAUGA